UGUGCCGGGCUGAAGGCAUGAAAUUCCCUUCCCUUCCAUUGCCACUGUGACUGACAGCAGCGGCUUUUCCAAGGCUGGAGGUUGGCAGCAAUAAUCCACAGCUCCCAUUUGCUUUCCGAGGUGAUAACGUGCGACCACCAGGGAGGCUGCAUCCCGCUCUACCCCUGUCCAUGCCAGGAGAGUUGGAACAGCCCAGAACUGUGUGCGAGAUGAGGAAAGGUGUGCGCUAAUUAAUGGGAGCGCUGCGCUGCCCCUCGGCUGCGCCCGCACGUGUGGAUGUGGCACUUUGUGUGUCCCCUCCCUGUCUGUGCCCACACUGACAAAAGGACUGAGCUGUGACCACACGACGUUCCUAUGAGCAGCCCGAAGGGACAGCAUGAGGAAAUCGACAUACUCAGGAAUCACCCGGACCUCCAGUGGGAGACUGCGCAGGCUCAGUGACCAGCCCAGCCCCACUCUGAAAAGAUCUUUUGAGGUCGAGGAGGUAGAUCAGUCUUCAAAUUCCUCCACCCCACAAAGACGGACCCCGAACCCUCUCCUCAGGUCCACCGUGUCCAGCUCCACGCAGAAGUUUCAGGAACUCGGUGCCAGGAACUCGGAGCCAUCUGCCAGACAUGUAGACCCCACAGCCCAGCGAUCCCCCAAGGCCCCUCUGAGGAGAGUGGAGCACUCUGGACCCAAACUGCCAGAGCCGGUGUCCAGAAGAACAGAAAUCUCCAUUGACAUCUCAUCCAAGCAGGUGGAGAACUCCACUUCGGGGUUGUCGAGGUUUGGCCUCAAAAGAGCAGAUGUGCUGGGGCACAAAGCCCCGGAGCCAACCCCACGCAGGACUGAGAUCACGCUCGGCAAACCCCAGGAGCCGGGACUGCGGCGGGCGGACGCCCCGGCAUCGAAGAUCCCCGAGAUGCCCCAGCGCAGAGCGGAGCCGCCCAGCGCUCCCAUGCCCGACGUGGCCACCAAGCGCGUGGAAAUCCAGGUAGCCAAGGCUGCCGAGGUGCCAGCCCCGCUGGCACGGCAAGUAGAGAGCAUGGAGCACGUGCCGGCCCCACAGCCUCCCCAGGCAGAGCCAAAGCCGCAGCCGGUGCUGAUGGAGAGCCCACCAAAGAGAGAAGCAGGUCCAGAGGCCAUUCCCAGCCCUGUGCCCGGCAUGACGGACGCUGUGCGUGAUGCUGGCCCCAAGCAGGCGGCACCGGCACGGCCGGACAGACCAGCUGCAGACUUUGGCUACGUGGGGAUCGAUGCCAUCCUGGAGCAGAUGAGACGGAAAGCCAUGAAGCAAGGCUUCGAGUUCAACAUCAUGGUUGUGGGUCAGAGCGGCUUGGGGAAAUCCACAUUAAUCAACACCCUCUUCAAAUCCAAAAUCAGCCGGAAAUCUGUACAGCCAACUUCUGAAGAGCGGAUCCCCAAGACCAUUGAGAUCAAAUCCAUCACUCACGAGAUUGAAGAGAAAGGGGUUCGCAUGAAGCUGACGGUCAUUGACACCCCUGGCUUUGGAGACCACAUCAACAACGAGAACUGCUGGCAGCCCAUCAUGAAGUUCAUCAACGACCAGUAUGAGAAGUACCUGCAGGAGGAGAUCAACAUCAACCGCAAGAAGAGGAUCCCUGACACCCGGGUGCACUGCUGUAUAUACUUCAUCCCCGCCACCGGCCACUCGCUCCGACCGCUGGACAUCGAGUUCAUGAAACGCCUGAGCAAAGUGGUCAACAUCGUCCCCGUGAUCGCCAAAGCCGACACACUGACACUGGAGGAGAGGGACUACUUCAAGCAGCGGAUCACGGCUGAUCUCCUUGCCAAUGGGAUUGAUGUGUACCCUCAGAAGGAGUUUGAUGAAGAUUCUGAAGAUCGGCUCGUGAAUGAGAAAUUCAGGGAAAUGAUCCCAUUUGCAGUGGUGGGCAGUGACCAGGAAUACCAGGUUAAUGGAAGGAGAAUCCUUGGAAGGAAGACCAAAUGGGGCACCAUUGAAGUGGAGAACACGACACACUGUGAGUUCGCCUACCUGCGGGACCUCCUCAUCAGGACACACAUGCAAAACAUAAAGGAUAUUACCAGCAAUAUCCACUUCGAAGCCUACAGGGUGAAGAGGCUGAACGAGGGCCAGAGCUCGCUCUCCAACGGCGUGACUGACAAAGAGCUGGUGGCUAACGAAAUGUAACCGUCUCGCUGUGUAGCCAGGACCUUGCUCGCUCACGCUCGCUAUUUCUACCCCCUUCUCCCUUUAUUUUUAUAUAAAUCCUCUGCCACUGUCCCUCUUCCCCCAAAACCCCCCACCGAUGUUAACUGACCAAAUAACCAGAUGCCGUAUGUUGUACAGAGGGGGGUGAGUUCCCGUCCCCCGUUGCUCCCCAGCCCUGGGAGGGGUUGGAGGAUCCUCCGGCCAUAGGGCUGUAUGGAUUUGGGCUGUAGGGCAGCAGGGGCUGCGGGGUCUCAGGGUGCAGUUGGGUCUCCUGCCACCUCUGUGGCCGUGAACCCAGGGCAGUUUGCCAAAGGCUGAGUACCUCUGUCCCACGUCUGUGCCAUUUUUCCUCUCCGUCCAUUGGAGGCAAGGGCUGCUCUGUGUCAUUGUACCCUCCAGAAGCAAAGCAAGGUACGAUGGUGUGAAGACAGCAAGACAGUGCCAUCCUUGUCUCCUGCCUCCUCCUCAGCAGCCCUGCAGCACCAGCCCUGACCCAGCCCCUCUUCCCUGCCUACAUGCAAUAAGCUGGGAGCAUUGGGGCGUUACCUCGCCUUGCAGCAGCCCGGCUCUGGGAGAAGUGCCUUUAGGACUGUUACCUUGCAAUAGUGCAGAAUGGGGGCGGGGGGUUGUGUCUGGAAAAUGCUUGCAGUGCUUUGCAGAGACUCCUUGUCCCUCUCACUCGUGGCUUGGCCCAUAGGUAUGGCUGGAUUCCUGUGGACCCGCACGUAUUUAUUUUCAAUCUGUAGGGUGUUUUAUUCCAUGGAAGGCUCAGAGUGUGUUUGAAGGGGCUGAGAGUGGAAUGUCUCUGCAAAGCGGUGCUGGGUAGUGGAGGUUUGUCCCGUCUGACCUUUGUCAUAGUGGGCUUUUCCCUAAGUCAGAGGAGGCUGUUGGGUGUUAUUUUUCUAAACAUACUCCUUUGCAUCCCGUGUGUGAUGUCUCCAUAACGCACUCCUCCGUGUGAAUAGCCCUGUGCAUGGGGCUGUGCCCACACCGCCUGAGCACUGCAUGCCCACAUGCAUGAGAGCAGCCUGGCCCUAUGGCUCUGCCUCACACUUUGUGUUUCCGUGGACCUGCAGGAAGAAGAACCCUGUGUGGGUUCUGCUGGGGAAUGCUGCGUGGCCCAGGAGCCCCGCAUCCCCCUGCCCCUCUCCUGGUGUCAGCUCCAUCCAUCUCUGCUCUCCUCUGUGGGAUGAAACCUCACGCAAAUGGCCCUUUUAUUUUGGCGUGUAAUAAUGGCAGCGUGGCCCACCCUGCAUUCUCUGUGGGGCAGAGGAUCAGAGACAGCUCUCACCCUGCUCAGGAUGCCCACAUACUCAGUGAAAGGUUAGGAGGUGCUCCUGCACACCCUGGGGUGCACUGCAAGGAGGACGCGCUCUCCCCAUAGCUCACAUUUCCCCCUCUGCAGCAGCACUCGCUGAGCUGCUGAGGAAGCACAACCAUUUACAUACUGACUUGCUAUAUUUUAGCAAAAACAAAAUGUAUUUACUGAAAAAAAAAAGAAAAUAGGUGCAUUUCAAUUGUUACAAAGACUUCAAGGGGAGAAAAUCUCCUGCGCGAGGCACUUGUGCAAAUGUCAUCUUAAAUUCUUUUCCCUCCAGUCGAUCUCUCAAGCUGGGCCAGGCGAGGCACGCUGCUAUCUCCCUUAUAACCUGGGAUCUUUCUCUUUCUUUUGGGGGGGGGAAGGAAAUGAAAAUACAAUAAUAAAAAGAACGAACUUCAUCCAGAUGUAUUACAAUGGCCUUUUGGGGGUUAUAAGCAUUACGAGAAAUUUAGUCUUUUUUUUUUUUUUUUUUUUUUUUUUUUUAAUUUGUAUAAAUAAUAGUGUUUAAUAUGUAUUUCCCAAAAUAAAUGUUUUGAAUGCA